AUGCUACAGAAAUGGGAACUCUUCCCUGAUAACCAUACCUUCCCCUUUGUUUUAAAGGCCUGCGCAUAUUUGUUUGCUUUGUUUGAAGGGAAACAAGCACAUGCCCAGAUGUUAAAACUGGGGUUUCAAUCUGAUGUUUAUAUAAAUAACAGCCUCAUCCAUUUUUAUGCUUCUUGCGGUAGUUUGGAGUCUGCAAAGAAUGUGUUUGACAAAAUGCCGCACAGAAGUUUGGUUUCAUGGAAUGCAAUGAUUGAUGCGUUUGUUCAGUUUGGUGAGUUCGAAACUGCUUUGAAGUUGUUUGUUCAGUUGCAGCAGCUAUUUUUUGAGCCUGAUGGGUAUACAAUGCAGAGCGUUAUAAGUGCUUGUGCUGGCCUGUGCGCUUUGUCUUUGGGGAUGUGGGCUCAUGCUUAUUUGUUGAGAAACCGUGAUGUUGCUGUAGCUAGAGAUCAUGUUUUGGUUAACAAUUCUUUGUUGGAUAUGUAUUGCAAAUGCGGGUCAUUGGAUAUUGCUAUGCAGAUCUUUGAGGGGAUGCGAAAACAAGAUGUAACUUCUUGGAAUUGUAUGAUUCUAGGAUUUGCCAUGCAUGGAAAAGGCGAGUUAGCAUUGGAGUUUUUUGAACGUAUGAUUAGGAUAUCGAGGUUUGUGCCGAAUUCUAUCACGUUUGUUGGUGUUUUGAGCGCGUGUAACCACGGGCAUAUGGUUAAUGAGGGCCACAUGUAUUUUGACAUGAUGGUUAACGAAUACAAAAUUGAACCUCAAUUAGAACACUACGGAUGCCUAGUCGAUAUUCUGGCUCGUGCUGGUUUGAUUGAUGAAGCUUUGGAUUUGGUUUCAAGCAUGCCCGUGAAACCAGAUGUUGUUAUAUGGAGGAGUCUUCUUGAUUCUUGUUGCAAGAAAAACGCAAGCGUUGAGCUAAGUGAAAAAAUAGCUAGGCAGAUCCUUGAGUCAGAAGAAGGUGACUCUAGUGGUGUUUAUGUGCUCUUAUCCAGAGUCUAUGCAUCAGCUAGCCGGUGGAAUGAUGUUGGCUUGGUUAGAAAAUUGAUGACCAAUAAUGGCGUAUUAAAAGAGCCAGGGUGUAGUUUGAUAGAGGUAGAUGGUGUUACCCACGAAUUUUUUGCUGGGGACACCUCUCAUCCUCAAACUAAAGAAUUAUAUCAGGUUUUGGAUGUGAUUGAAAAAAGGUUGGACUCGAUAGGGUAUACGCCUGACUAUUCGCAAGCACCUAUGGUUGAUGAGCGGAAUGAUGGUAAGCGACACACUCUUAGGCUGCACAGUGAGAGGCUUGCCAUUGCUUUGGGGCUUUUAAACUUCAAACCAGGAAUGCCAAUACGUAUUUUCAAGAAUCUUCGGGUUUGUGAUGACUGCCACAAGGUCACUAAAUUAAUUUCUGGAAUCUUCAAUGUGGAGAUUAUUGUGAGAGAUCGUGUUAGAUUCCAUCACUUUAAAGAUGGUUCCUGUUCGUGCAUGGAUUAUUGGUGA